UUCACAACAUACCAUUACGCAUCCCCUCCAAAACAUAAAGCUGACCUCCAAAUAAAACAAAUUUUAUAGAAAUAGAAGACACGCUCAGUUGUCUAGAUUUUGUGCUGCGAAGUGGUGAUUAUAAAUUAAGAAAAUGACUACGCCCAUAGUGAAUCCCGAUGUUCCAUAUACUGGAGAAAUUCCAGACGGAUGGACCUCCGGAAAAAUGGUUAGAAUUCAAGGAAUCGUUGAUCCCAAUGCUGACAGGUUCAACAUUAAUCUACAAGCAGGGCCAAACUCAAAACCAAGGGAUGACACAAGUCUUCACAUUUCCGUUAGGCUUAAUCAAGGCUAUAUUGCUAGAAAUACCUACAUUGAUGGUAGUUGGGGAGAUGAACAAGGCAAUGGAAGAUUACCCAUUGGAGCAGGACAACAUUUUGAAAUAAUUAUUUUAAAUGACCCCAGCAGUUACAAGAUUGCUGUUAAUGGCCAACAUUAUUGUGAGUUCCCACACAGACUUCCCAGCGACAAGGUAACGCAUCUGUUGAUCGAUGGUGAUGUUCACAUCACUGUUAUUUCGUAUGAAGGAAGCCGUCCCGUUAUUGAUUCAAUUGAAACUGCAACACAAGCAUCUUCAGUUCAGAACGCCGGUCCUCAGGGUAAUUACGGACCUCCUCAGGGUGGAUAUGCUCCUCCACAAGGUGGGUAUGCUCCACCUCAAGGAGGAUACGGGCCACCAGCUGGAGGAUAUGCUCCACAGGGCUAUGGUCCACAACAAGGUUAUGGAAUGCCGCCAAAUGCUCCCGGCGCACCUAAAGAGUCUGGAAUGGAUAACAUCAUGGAUACGGCUCAGGAUAUCCUAGCUGGUGCGAUUAAAAGUGGAGUUGCUGAAAAACUUCUCAGCGGCAUAUUUUCCAAACAAGAACCCCAACAACCUGGUGGCUUCCAACCUCAAAAUGUGCAAUACGGACAUUAUCCUCAGCUUCCACAACAACACCAGCAACAGGGACCUCAGUUUGGAGGCGAGGGUUCAGUUGGUGGAUUAGGAAGCGUAGGAAAUAUAUUGGGGUCUCUUGCAAACUCUCUAUUCAGUCCGCCUAAGCACUGAAUAUAAACUUCUGUGGAUUCUGGGAUAUGGAUCAACAGAAUCCCCAACAACAAGGUGGUCGUUACAACUACAACUAUUGAAGAAACAAUUUUGUUUAUAUAUUCUUUGUUGAAAUAUUUUUUAAUUUAUUGUAAUUUUUGAUCAUGAGAUAUUUAUUUAAUUGAUAACUAGUAUAGUAUAAAUCUAUAUUUUGUUACAAUAAAAAAAGUGUAACAUGUUCUUUUA